CGGUCGGCACUCCGACGUGCUCCAUACAUCGAUCUCCGCGAUCGUAGAAAAUCGAUAAAGAUCGAAAAAUAAAUUAAAAAAAUAAAGUAACAGUUGCAAUAAAUGUCAAAAAUAUUCAACUGUUGUGUGAAAAAGGAGGUGUCAAAAAUGGAAAGUGACAAAACGGACUUUAUAGAGACUCCGGAGUUGAAACAGAAUGGUGUAUGUCCCUUCAGCUGUGAUAAAGUUUUGGACAAACAUGUGAAACCUAAUCUUAAGAUUAAAGUUCCGCAGCCCUUGAAGCUAAAGAAUCAUCUAGUAGGUGAAGAAAACUACGACAAUCUGCAUUCCCAUCUAGAAGAUGUCACAAGUUUCAGUACAAAAUGUUCAGAGGCUAUGUGCCAGAGCAGUAUUAUGGAUACCCCGAGCCGGGGGGACGCGAGGACGACGGACGAGAUAUACAGAGACGCGAAGUCUUUUCUGCACGAAUAUUUUUCUUCAAUACGCAGACAAAACUCCGAGGCACACAUCUCCCGGCUGCAGGAAGUGGAACGGGAGCUGCGGGCGAGCGGCACCUACAACCUCAAGACCUGCGAGCUGGUCUUCGGCGCCAAGCUCGCCUGGAGGAACAGCACCAGGUGCAUCGGCAGGAUACAGUGGAAGAAACUACAGGUAUUCCACUGUCAGGAGGUGAGCACAGCGCGGGGCAUGUUUGAGGCGCUGUGCGACCACAUCAAGUACGCCACCAACCGCGGGAACAUCCGGUCAGCCAUCACGAUAUUCCGUCAGCGCACAGACGCCGCGGGCGCCCACGACUACCGCGUGUGGAACCCGCAGCUCAUCAGCUACGCCGGCUACCGCGAGCCGGACGGCACCGUGCUGGGCGACCCGGCCCGGGUGGAGUUCACCGAGGUGUGUAUGAAGUUGGGUUGGAAGCCGCCCCGCACGGCGUGGGACAUCCUGCCCAUAGUCGUGUCGGCCGACGGCAAGGAGCCCGAGUACUUCGAAUUACCUCGCGAGAUCAUCAUGGAAGUGCACAUGGAGCAUCCUAACUACCCGUGGUUCCGCGAUCUGGGUCUGCGAUGGUACGCGCUGCCGGCGGUAUCCAACAUGCGGCUGGACUGCGGCGGGCUGCAGUUCACCGCCACCGCCUUCAACGGCUGGUACAUGGGCACCGAGAUCGCCUGCCGGAACUUCUGUGACGCGAACCGGUUGGAUAUUUUAGAGAGCGUCGCUAUGAAAAUGGGUCUGGACACGAACUCAUACGUGUCUUUGUGGAAAGACAAAGCACUGGUGGAAGUGAAUAUAGCGGUACUUCACAGUUUCCACAGAGACAACGUGUCCAUAGUCGACCACCACUCCGCCUCCGAACAGUUUAUGAAACAUCUGGACAACGAGAGUAGAAGCAGGGGAGGUUGUCCGUCAGACUGGAUUUGGAUAGUCCCACCGAUGUCGUCCUCGCUGACCGCUGUGUUUCAUCAGGAGAUGGCUCUCUAUUACAUCAAGCCAUCCUAUGAUUAUCAAGAGCCAGCGUGGAAGACGCACCAAUGGAAAACAGAAGGCGAAAAGCCGCGGCACCGGAAGUUCCACUUCAAGCAGAUCGCGCGCGCAGUCAAAUUCACGUCAAAACUCUUCAGCCAAGCCCUGUCCAAGCGGAUCAAAGCUACCAUACUGUAUGCUACCGAGACCGGCAAGUCGGAGCAGUAUGCAAAGGAAUUGGGGACUAUUUUCGGACACGUUUUCAACGCUCAGGUGUUCUGUAUGUCGGACUACGACUUCUUCUCCAUCGAGCACGAGACCCUGCUGCUCAUCGUCACCUCCACCUUCGGGAACGGAGAGCCACCGGCAAAUGGGGUGGAUUUUGCAAAUCAUCUUUACCAAAUGUUAUACAGCGAAAGAAAGAACCAAGAUGAACAAAAUGAUAGUGCGGGGAUAUCAAAACUACCGACGCCAAAGACGCUGAUGCGGACAACUAGUAUAAUGACACCGAGCAUCGAGUACAAGAGGCAACUGUCGAGGAUGGAGUCCAGCAAAGUUGGCAGCUUCGUGGAGUUCAAGCGGCAGCUUACGAGAUUGGAGUCCAAUAAAAGUAGCAUAGCUGGAACCUCGUCAGUAGAAAACAUCGGACCUCUCAGCAACGUGUGCUAUUCAGUGUUCGCUCUAGGCUCGAGCGCGUAUCCCAAAUUUUGCAACUUCGGUAAAACAAUCGACAGAGUUCUAGAAGAUUUAGGCGGAGAGAGGCUGCUAGAUGUUAGUUGUGGAGAUGAAAUGUGUGGUCUAGAGCAGCAGUUUAGAACGUGGGCUUCAGAUAUAUUCCACGUAGCAUGUGAAACGUUCUGCUUAGAUGAAAAUGAUAUGAUAAAGGAUGCCAAGAAAGAAUUCAGUAAGAUACCACUCACAGAAGAGACGGUAAGGUUUGGAAGGCCAGACAAUGUACCAACGAUAAAAACUGCAUUGGAAAACGCAUUUAAGAAACAACUCAUCUCUUGUACUGUAAAAGAAAAUAAAAAUUUGGGUGACGUUACGGCAGAUAGGACUACGGUGUUCCUUGAUUUGGAAGCAAACGUGAAACUAAAAUAUGAACCAGGUGAUCACGUAGGGGUCAUGGCUUGUAAUCGAAAGGAAAUAGUAGACGAAGUUCUGAACAGACUCAAAGGGAUCGACAACUACGACAAACCGCUACAGCUGCAAUUGAUGAAGGAAACUCUUACGCCAACUGGUGCCAUCAAAACAUGGGAGAAACACGAGCGGAUACCAGCAGUGACAGUACGGGACAUAUUCACGCGGUUCCUCGACAUCACCACGCCGCCCUCCACCAAGCUCCUCAAGUACCUCGCCACCGCCUGCACAGACCAGAAUGAGGCUGAAUACUUACGGAUACUUAUUGAGGACUCUACCAAGUACGACGACUGGCGUCACCACUACUACCCGCACUUGGCUGAGGUGUUGGCAGCGGUACCCACUUGCCGACCGCACGCGGCGUUACUGGCCGCUCUGCUGCCGCCGCUACAGCCGCGCUUCUACUCCAUAUCCUCCACACCACUGGUUGACCCAACGAGGAUACACGUUACAGUCGCGGUCGUGGUUUAUAAGACUCAAAAUGGCGAGGGCGCUACGCACUACGGGGUGUGCUCCACGUAUUUACAGAACUUGACGCCCAACAGCGAACUUUUUGUUUUUAUCAGGCGAGCACCAAGCUUUUACAUGCCACAAGACAUAUCGGUUCCUCUCAUUCUGGUCGGCCCCGGCUCCGGCAUAGCUCCCUUCAGAGGUUUCUGGCAUCACAGAAGAAUGCAGGCCAAGAGUUCUACACAGAAGCCCGGGCCUAUCCUACUGUUCUUCGGCGCCAGAAAUAGAGGCAUGGAUCUGUACAAAGAUGAGAAACAGAAGUUGUUGCAGAGAGGGAUCUUGUCGAAAUCUCUACUAGCUCUAUCUAGAGAAAAGGGUGAAAGCAAGAAACACGUGCAAGCACUUCUAGAAGACGAGGGGGAGCACAUCACGCGCAUGCUGACGUCAGAGGGCGGGCACUUCUAUGUGUGCGGCGACUGCAAGAUGGCGGAGGAGGUGCAGCACAAGUUGAAGGCGAUCAUCAAAGUGCACGCUAACUAUACUGACGAGGAGGUGGAGGACUUCCUACUGUCUUUGAUGGAUGAGAACAGAUACCACGAGGACAUAUUCGGAAUUACGCUGCGCACGUCAAUAGUACACAACACGUCGCGCGAGACCGCCAAACGGACGCGCCUAGAGUCCGGACAGUCCAUCACCUAACUAUACAAGUCCUAGAUCUACUCUUAGUUACCUAAGUCUAGAAUAAGUAUUACGACGAGAAAUGCUUUAAUUGUUAGGUUGUAUUUAAAAAAAAACCAGCUUGAAAAUCUACAACUUAUAUAAACUGAUAAGUAUUAUUAUAAUUUACACGUGCUUAUACUUUAGAAACUGGCAAAUGUUCCAAUAAGCUAUCUUAAACUUUAUAUGCAGACUAUUUACAUUGAAAUACUUAUUUACAUUAUAGGUACUAUCAAACAUAAAUUAUCUAUUGUGCAGUGUGCUAUAAAUAUAUUGUCGCCGUAUAAAUUUUAAGUCUGCCGACAAUAAUUUUUAAAUGUUUAAAAUUGUAUCGCCUGAGCGUGCCAGUUAAAACCUUUUAUUUGAAACAAUGACAA